UUCUCACAGUUCACUGUUCAAUCAAUCGGCACGUCAAUUCAGUUAAUAUUAGACCGCGUGACUGUCAAUUGUCGCUGUUGAUACGAAAAUCGGCUAUAAAUAAAGUUUAAUUGAAUUAUAAGUGAAAAUGGGAUAUUUUGAAGCCGGAAAAACGAUGAAUGUGUACAUUAUGGCAGGACUUACCGUAUUUUUAUGUGUAAUCCUACACUUUAUUUACAAGACCAUCUUCGGGAAUAGAAAAUGCGAAGUGCAAAGUGAUGAAACUAAGAGCGUAACAGAUGCUUUAACAGAGUCGGUUGCCGAAUCUACAACAGUGGAAAGCCGACCGAUGGGAAAGAACAAGAAACGUACGGCAUGGAAGGGAAAAAACGAAUUCAGUCACCCAUGGCUACUCAAGAAUCUCAAAGGGCAUCCCGGGACAGUUCUUCUUAUGGACUUCUCUGCGAACGGAAAAUUUAUGGCCGCCACCUGUAGUGAUGGAUCAGUCAUACUGUGGGACAUACGGGACCUGAGUGUCAAGGAGCACAAGACCCUACGGGUGAACAUCCAAUACGAUCAUGCUUCACACAUCGCAUGGAGUCCAGACUCCAAGGCCUUCUGUGUGCACACCGUGAUGGAGAACCAUAUCGUUGUGUUCAAGAUUGAGAAGAAGAAGGACGGGACCAUAGGAGCUGCUCAUCCUGUUACAACGUUUGAGAAGGUUCAUAAAGAAGAUGUUGUCGGAUUCGGUAUCUCUAGCAACGGAAAGUUCAUGAUGUCUUGUUCAAGUAACAGCGAAAUGAUAAUUUGGGACCUGAAAGGCCAACAGCUGGAAAGUUUCGACACUUACCUCAUGAGCACAUACACAGCUAAGAUAUCACCGUGUGGCCGAUUCGUUGUUGCCACUGGUUUCGCCCCAGACGUCAAAGUGAUGGAAGUGUGCUUCACGAAAACAGGAGAAUAUAAACAGGUUUCCAAAGCUUACGAACUUACGGGCCAUACGUCUGGUGUUUACGACGUUGCUUUCGCCGUUGACACCUCGCAUAUCGCCACGAUAUCUAAGGACGGCACGUGGAAGCUAUAUCAUACGAGAAUCGAAUACGCCCGAGGUGAGUCCCCGCACAUCUUAGAAUCGGGCAAGUACACACAGACGGCAAUACCGCCGCGGAUCGCGUUGUCGCCCAACGCAGAGGUGCUGGCCGUCUCGUGCAACUCGAACGUGGAAUUCUACGACACGUACACCGGGAUACUGUAUGACACAGUUGAAAAUGUCUUCAAGGAAGGAAUAAAUCAGAUGACCUUCGACCCAGCUGGGAAGUAUUUGUUCGUCUGCGGAGAGCGUGUCGUGCGAGUUCUGCACAACGUAUGCGGGUACUUCACAACCAUAAACAGCUGCACCCGGCUGUUAGCUUCCAAGCAAACCUCCGCCACGGUUGAACGCCUCAAGAAUACCAUCAAAGACUGUAAGGCGACACUAGCUAAGUUUGGCAAGUAAAAAUAAGUAGGUACGGUUCACAAUACGUACCUAGGUACGUAUUGUAAACAUAAUUGUCUCAUUAAGGUUGAACAAAGGGUUUGAGGAUACGCGCACUGUAAAGAGGAUACGCGAAAUACUAACAAAAGCUGAAACCUUGGUGAUUCAGUACAUGAUUAACCUGCCUCGAAACGUUUGACUUUUUUUGUCGGUCUUUUAAAUUUUAAACAGUAUAAACUGUCCUUAGUUAUUCCUUGUAUGUUAAAUUAUACAAUAUGCAAAAAAAAAAUUGGUACUAAAUAUUAUAAAAAGUAAUUUAUAAUAUUAUUUAUUUUAGUAACCAUAGAACUAAAAACAAUGUGGUAGUAACAUGAUUUUACAAUUAUUCUCGAGAAAGACAACAUGCUGUUAGAUUUUAAAAAUAGGCUAAGUUUUUAUUCAUCCCUUAAUGAGACAAAUAACCUAUUAUCGAUGUUUUGUACUGAUUCCAUAAAAUAUAUAUGUAUAUUAUUAAGGUUCUCUGUUUGUAUUCAAAAAAUUCGAUGUUGGCGUCAAGUUAUAUCAUCAGACAGAUGAGCUGUCUGUUCCCAGUUAUAUUGAGAUAAACACUAUAUUUUUUGUAUGUAGGUAUGUUAAUAAUAUUUCAAUAGAUAAAUCAGAAUAUUUUGUAUAAACUGUCUUAAUGAAGGAAAAUCCUCUGAAGCUAACUAAGUGUUGAGUACCUACGUGUUAAUACUUCAUAGACCAAUUUCAAAAUUCGAAUACCUAUUUGAUCUAUGGUGUUGUGUUGGAAUAUGUUGAUACUGUUCAAGCAGUAUUGUCAAAUGCAUUUAUUUUUUAAUUUUAAAUUCUAAGUGAUAUGAAUAGCUGCAAUGCAAUUUUGUCAUCACAGUCAAUAACAGACUAUAAAAACAGUCCAUUGCUGGACUAAAGGGCUCUCCCAGUAAGAGGGCUUGCCCGUAAAACCCCCGCCGGGUAGACAGGUUGCUGAUUGCAGUAGACGGUAGUAGUACUACUGAUGACGCUGCUACCCGUUCUCCGUUAAAUUCCCUUAAUUGUCUCGCACGACACCUAAGGCGAGAAGGGAGGGAGGUGUUGUGACAAGUACCACACGGCACCUAUUUUGUAAGUUUACUGACAGCUGCUAACCUGUCAUCUCUUUACAAGAAUUGCGAUGAGAACUGACACUGUCAAUUGAGUUUUUUAAGAAAACUAAUCAAUAAAUUAUGUAUUAUGACAGUGUUCAAGGCAAUUAAAACGUAAGUUAAUUAUUAUUAAGCGUUUAUUUCCUUACUCCUUACAAUAUCUUGAAAUCGAAAUUCUACAUAAGCCGGAUCUCUAUGUUGCGUGAUCGAUAUUUUAAUAAAGAUUCCUCAUUGGAUAUAGGAGUAUAACCUAUGUAUGAGUAUUUUUGAAUUAUUAUCUAUUCCUGUAACUGUAUUUGUAGUUACAUAUGAAUGGUACACAAUAUAAAGCAAAAUAUGGAAUGUCACCAUGUUUUGUAGUUGAUGAUUUUAUGAAUACAAGAUCUUAAUUUUAGUUUAAUGCACCAAGGAACCUUUCUGGUUUUUUAUACGUACCUACUGGUUUUUACAAACCAUUUAACAUUGUUAAAUAUUGUAUAAACUUUAUAUGACAUUCCUCUUGUACCCUUUUUUAAUAUGUUAUAUUAAUAAUAUGUAAUAUGGUCUAUAAUAAUAAGCUUUAUACAGAACACAUUAAAUAAUGCUUGAAAAUUUCCCUUAUUAACGCACUUCUGCCGAGUCAUGUUCUGUGUUACAUUUCGUCUCCGAAGGUAUCCCUAUAUGUACCGAUUUUAUAGUGUUCAUGAUAAUGAAAAACAUUAGUUUUAUUUCUAUGAAAUAACUAUACAAAUUUUUUAUAAGAAUAUAUGCGAUGCCAACCAUGCUAUCACUCGUGUUUAUAUAUAAGGUCAUAGUUAUGUUUGCUAUUGGUGAUUUCGCUAUUUCAGCAUCUUGGAAACGCAUACUUCAAUCGGACCUAAGAUCGGAUAUAAUAAUUCAAAUUGGUUAUGUAGAAACAUCUUUUGUAUUGAUAACAUACCCCGUUUAUGAAUUUUGGUUAAAGGGCUGUGUGCAUUGCCUUUAAAAACUCUGACCCAUGUUACUAAUUCCUUUCGAUUAAUUAAUUUACAUUUUCAUUUGGAGUUCUGUGGAGCUUCUUUGUUUAUAAUUAGAAAUAUUAACUAAAGACUGGAUAAAUUAAAAAAAAUCGUUUAAUGAUCAUUACUUAAUAUAAUGAGUUAAUA